CAUAACACACUUCGAACUCUAAAUGUUAGCUUAAUAAUACCCUACUCUACAUUUGAGCUUCUGGAUUUAAGUGAUAAUAUAAUACAUUAUAUAAACCCGAAGUUUUUCUCCUCGCUUUAUUCCCUCCGGAGUCUUUCGAUGGCGAACAAUCGAUUGAAUGACAUGCUAUUAAGUUUUAAAAGUGAUUUUGAAAAUCUAUUUGCGGCUUUGUUGAACCUUAGAAAUUUAGAUAUAUCAAACAAUUACCUACAAUUUAUUCCGAGUACCACUUUUAAACAGAACUCUAAGCUCAUUCAACUCGAUUUAUCGGGUAACAAAUUAUCAGAAUUAGGUUUUUUAUUGUGUACUUUAGAAACUCUUACUUCUCUUAAUGUGUCUAAUAAUUUGUUUGUAAUAAACGACGCGGGUUUGCAAAAAGACAUAACAGCAUUCAUGGAAUCUUGCAGAAACAGCUCUGAGAAAGACCCCGUUUUUGAUUUUACAAGCAACAAGAUACUAUGUUCAUCUUGCGAACACAAAUCAACAGUUGAGUGGCUGAUCAAUCGGAAGAGUUACUUCUACAGAUGGACAGAACUGCGAUGUAUUGGUCAGUCCGGUCAAUUACUGAUGAUAAACGAACAACUUGUCCAAAGCCUAAAUGAUGCCUGCCUGAGAACGACCAGAAUAGCAUUGGCGACUGCAAUGCCGUUGGCGUUUUUGUUAUCUCUCAUUGCCACAUUUUAUGUUCUCUACAAACGUCGGAAAGCGUCGAUGCGGCUUCGGACUCGUGAGAGUCGUAUUGCAGAACUUCAGGCAGACGAUGAUCGGUUCGCUGUGUUUCUAAGCUUCAGCAACAAUGACUACGAUUUCGUGCACGAAAACGUUGAAAUGCCGCUGAAUCUCCACCUCCAGACCAUUGUGGACACGGACCGGCGCCUCGUGUGCUCGGGUGACACUGACUUCAGGCUAGGAGUAAACAUACACGACGAGGCGGUCCGCCUCAUCCAACAAUCUAACGUGGUUGUUCUGAUGAUGACAGACUCGUUCUGUACCAGCAACUUUUGUCAGAGCGAGCUGACAUUCGCAAUCAACGAGAACAAGCCUGUGAUCGUGAUGGUAAAUGGGCGAGUAAAUGAGAACAUAAUGCCUCCGAUAUUGAGGGAUCGCUUCAAUAAGUAUACCAGGAUCAUAUGGACGGAAGUGGAUGGAAAUUUCGAACUGAAGACAACGUGGAAUAAUGUUUGCUAUUCCAUCCUGGAAAUGUUUUAAUAUAAAAAACGCCGUUGAUAAAGUUUCAUGGAAUUAGUCCGAGGCAUGUUUAAUAUUGUCAAACAUUGACUGAAUUGUUGAAUAUUUUAUCAAUUUGUAUCAUAUACAUUCGUAUGAUAUAUGUAUCUCUAUUGUCCCCGCCAAGAUUUUCAAAUGAAAGAUUACAUACAUGCGUAUAUUUGAGAUAGUUCAUAUGAGCAUAUUAUUGUACCACUGUGUAUUUUGUCAUGUUGCUGCAAUUAUACAUCGCCAAUGUAUUAAAUGUUGAUGCUGUUCUUGUGAUAAUGAUGUUGUU